GAUUUAUUUUGCUUGAUUGGAGGCUAUUUCAAUUUGUUGCCUUGUUUUGUGGGCUCCUAUUUGUAUGCCCUUACCAACAGUAAUGAGUCACAUUUAUCAUCACUUAUCAAAGGGCCACUAUGAAGGAAUAAAGAACAAGAGCAUUAUUGAAUUGGACUAGUGAAGGGAGAUGGUGAUUCCUCCUCCAGUUAGGCCACCAAGAUUAACCCAGUACCUAAAGCCAUAUGUCUUGAAAAUGCACUUCACAAACAAGUAUGUUAGUGCCCAAGUGAUCCACUCCGAAACAGCCACGGUUGCUUCAGCUGCAAGCUCCCAGGAGAAGGCGCUGCGGUCGAGCAUGGAGUCGACAAGGGAUGUGGCUGCUGCUGCAAAGAUUGGGAAAUUGUUGGGCGAGAGGCUUGUGCUCAAGGGAAUCCCAGCUGUUUGUGUACACUUGAAAAGAGAACAGAAAUAUCAUGGUAAGGUCAAAGCUGUCGUUGAUUCUGUGAGGGAAGCAGGCAUUAAGCUGCUUUAAUUUUAGUUUUUUUGGUUCAAUUUACUUCAUUUUGGGGUCAUCCUUUGCCUGAUUUGUUGUUGGGUUUCAUCGAUCACUGCCCAAUUUGCUUCA